AGAAAUACUUAUGUCGUUUGGGUUGGAGUCGCGAGAGAGAGAGAGAACCUAGUGGGAAAAGUCACCAGCACAUCUACAGUAAACAUUUUAACAGCGAGGCCGAGGACCAUAUCCUGAAAAAAGCAGCUUGGAGGCCGGUGGUGGUCAACGCGAGGGGAUCCGUGGUCAAACAGGCGGGCAAUUACCAGAGACUACUGCGACUUGUACAACGGGUUCGCGAUUAUUUAUUCUUCCUUCACCACUCGGCUGAAUACUGUUGCAAUAUCUUUUAUCGUGCAAAACUACUGAUUUAAUCGGCCGAUCGAAAGAACAGAGCGAGUGAACUUUCGUGAUAUCAUGGUGAAGGAGACGGAAUACUACGAUGUCUUGGGAGUCAGCCCCACGGCCACCGAGUCUGAGAUUAAGAAAGCGUAUUACAUCAAGGCGCGACAAGUCCAUCCAGAUAAAAACCCAAACGAUCCUCUGGCUGCACAAAAUUUUCAGGUUUUGGGAGAGGCGUAUCAAGUGUUGAGUGACCCAGCACAACGACAGGCUUAUGAUGCUUAUGGGAAAUCAGGAAUUUCAACUGAAGCAAUAAUUGAUCCUGCUGCAAUUUUUGCAAUGCUCUUUGGGAGUGAGCUUUUUGAGGAACACAUUGGCCAGCUUGCCAUGGCAUCAAUGGCCUCAUUGGAUAUUUUCACUGAAGGAGAGCAGUUUGAUGCUAAAAAGUUACAAGAGAAAAUGAGGGUUGUUCAAAGGGAAAGGGAAGAGAAACUAGCUGAAAUACUGAAAGAUCGACUCAACCUCUAUGUGCAAGGAAACAAAGAGGACUUCGUUCGUAAGGCUGAAGCUGAAGUAUUAAGGCUCUCCACUGCGGCUUACGGUGUUGAUAUGUUGAGUACAAUUGGCUAUAUAUAUGCAAGACAGGCAGCUAAAGAGCUUGGGAAGAAGGCCAUAUAUUUGGGAGUACCGUUUGUGGCUGAGUGGUUCAGAAACAAAGGGCACUUCAUUAAAUCCCAAGUAACAGCAGCAACAGGUGCAAUUGCGUUGAUGCAGCUGCAAGAGGACAUGAAGCGUCAGCUCAGUGCGGAAGGAAAUUAUACUGAGGAAGAACUUGAAGAGUACAUGCAAUCUCACAAGAAGUUGAUGAUUGAUUCCCUUUGGAAACUCAAUGUAGCUGAUAUUGAAGCUACCCUAUCCCGUGUUUGUCAGAUGGUUCUUCAAGACAACAAUGCAAAGAAAGAAGAGCUCCGUGCUCGAGCAAAGGGUUUGAAAACUCUUGGCAAAAUCUUCCAGAGGGUUAAGUCAACUGAUGGGAAUGAGAGUGAGACUUCACUAAACAAUAGCCUCAAUAAACUUGAUGGAAGUGACCCAAAUAUCGGGGCUUCUUCUCCCAGUUCAUCACCAAAGUCUUCAUAUCCUGAGGAGGCAUCUGACACUGCAAAUGCAUUGCAGAGCCCCUAUGUGGAGGCUCCCCAAUUUGCUGGUGCCCAACACAACGUUAAAUUCCCAAUGCCAACAGCACCACCUGGUGCGCAGAGACAUCCAUGAACAUCCAGGAGUAAGAUGCGUUUGUUCUGUGUGAACCAGUUAGCGGAGCAUGCAUGUGUAUGUACCAGUUUCAUAGGAGUCAAAAGGGGGUGUUGAGUCAUUUCUAUUUAUUGGAUGCGUUUGUAUUGGGUACAUAUUAAAAUAUGAGGCAGUCUUGACUGUUCUGUUGUAUUGUAUUUGUGGAAUACGGACAGAGAGUCACAAAAUGAGAGAGUGCUUGAAGAUAAUGCCUUUCAUCAGCACUAGUUGGCUGAGAUGGGGCUACAUUGUAAUUUGAGGGUCAUUUGUUUGGAUAGUCGUCUUCUCAAUUCUAUUUUGCAGUUGUACAUCUAGACUGGUGGAUUUACUUGCCUUGUUUAAGAGAAUUUUGCAUCACCAAGAAA